AUAAUAAAAAUACUAAAAAAAAGCAACGUUAUACAGACAAUACAGGGGCGUUCACGUCACAUCGUAAAGUGCGUAACAGAAAAAAACUUGACCUAUGCCUUCUAAGCGUUUACUUCAAAUACAUCCGUGUAUUUAAUAAUAACGCUAUUAAAUAUAUAAAUACAAAUCAGAUACAUUAAGGAUCUUUUGGGAAGUUUUUUUUUUUAAGUAAGUAAAUCCCUGUAUCAAGUGAGUUUCAUUUUCCCCACAUCCCCUGAACGCAGCAUGUAUCAGCAGCCUAGCCUCGGGCUAACGCAGACAAACACAAACGGGCUUUGUGACUUUCACUCACUUCUUUGCCCACAGCACAUCUACACAGCGCUGUCUGGCGUCCAGACAAAACAGAGUUGGGCCAUGGCUGAUUUUCACAUCCGGAAAUAUCGUGAUGAAGACGAGGAGGCAGUGAAGGAGACCUUCACCUUGGGGAUGAGCGAGCAUGUGCCUUCAUCCUUCAUGCUUGUCCUGAAACAGCCACCGACGCAGAUGGUGCUCAUGUGCGUGUUCUGUGCUCUCUUGACCAGCUCAAAGUCCUUCCUGCUGCCCAUCCUGGCUGUCACUCUGUUGCUGGCCGCAGUGCGACAGGCAGUCGUCUACAUGUUUAAGAAAUACAUCGACACCUGCCUCAGGAUUGACCUCAAGAACAUCGGCGAGACCUACCUGAAGCAGAAGGACUCGUGUUUUUGGGUGGCUGAAAGCGACGGCCGGGUCGUCGGCACAGUGGGGUGCCUCCCUGCUGAGACGGUGCCUGGAUGCUUGGAGCUGAAACGCAUGUCUGUUUGCCGCAGUCACCGCAGGAUGGGCAUUGCUAAGGCUCUGUGUCGGACAGUAGUGGACUUCUCCUGUGAGAGGGGAUGUCCUGCAGUCAUCCUGUACACCUCUGUGGUGCAGACAGAUGCUCAGAAGCUCUAUGAGAACAUGGGCUUUGAGAAGAUGAGAGAGUUUGUUGUGUCUGAGCUUGUAGCCAAAAUCAUGAACUUCACUUUGUUUGAGUACAGACUGGAUUUAAAGAGAGAAGGUCAAAGAAACUGAAUCUGGCAUCAAGAAUUCAGGGGAACUGUGACAUUAACUUUCUAGUUGUUUUUUUUUAAUUUUCCUGCUGACACGACACAACCAAACACUCAGGGCAGAAUCAAUCACUUAUUGUUUCAUAAAAUGUUGUAAAAGGUUUUUAAAAUAGUCUGCUAUGCCCAUCACCAGUUAUUGAAGGUUAAGUUCCCCGUGGUUGUAUGAGGCACUGACACAGUCGCUAAAAACACAGCUGCCACCGAUGGCACAAGGAAAAACUCUUUCCGACUGGAAACUGACGUUUGUGUCACUUUGUAAACUGCUCACUCUCCUACACCAAAGCCCAUACAUAAAGUGAUCUACUGCUGCUUCCGUCAUUAACUUUAAAUGUGUUAGUUUGUUUUUAUCUUAGUGACACAAACUCAUCAAAUAAGGCAGC